UCAAGGUGGAGCCGUAGGAAGGUUUUAACGGUAAGAAACUCUUUCCGCAGUUUUCUCUCUCGUAUGCCCGCCUUGAGAUUUGGAUCCGCCUGAUUUUGCUUUUCAUUUACUAAAAUGAUCCGGAAAAACGGAUGGACGGAGUGGAUUUCUAACAAACAUCACGGUGGGCCCCACAUAGCAUCCCAGUGGCAGGAACUUCCUGAAAAGGCAUUCGCAGGAAAUCCGUUUCAUUUCUCCUACGGCAAAAUCGGAGACACGAACCACGUCAUCUAUCCAUUUCCCGGCAGAUCGCGUCACAGCAUUUCUGGGAUUCCUCGCGAUGGUAGCACCAACAGACCUUAGAUACCGUUUCGUGGAAGCGGGAAUCUUUCUCACUCCCGUUAUACGUUCUUCCCCAAAGCUUCUGUCGAAAAUCGGAUUUCCAACCGCCGUUAGAGCUGCUUCUAUGUUUCAGGAAAAGGCGAAGAGCAUUUACAGAGGACCGAAGCCGAGACGGGAUUUAGUUACCGAGUGGGUUUCCAACAAUGAUAAUGCCGUCCGCCGCUGGCCCAUCUAUGUGGGAGGUUUGUCGUUGCUGGCCGUCCUUCUCAACCGCACUAUCUCCGGUGUUGCCCCUGUUGCUGAUGCCAGCAGCAGUUCACAGUCAAGAACGGACAUACUGGCACUUGGUUUGGCAGUUACCAAUCUUCUUACUGGGUUGGUAUGGUUGUCGAUUCAACCAAAAUCUAUAUCUGCGGUAACUCCACAAGGUGUAGGGUGUAGGAGGAUAAAUUCUGAUGUUCCAGAUUGUGUGGUUACUGAGCUGUUAUGGGUAUGGGAUUCUCUGUCAUCUGCAACAUGCUGUAAAUCAUUGGUAAUUGUUUAUGGAAACAAUUGUCUUCUUCAAAUUGGCAUAGCAGCAGAAUCUUCCACAAACUUCGGCGAUGCUGUGGCUGUAGAUGCUACUAGAUUAAUUCAAGGAUCACUUUAUCAAGGCGUUAUGAAAUCUGGAAAGCAAAGCUACUUGGCCAAUCUGUCUCUUUAUCCAGGGAGGUCUGAGCUGCUCUUUUUACCUUGGAAUACACAGGCAGUGAUCCUGCAGCCACUUGGAAAGGAAGGGAUUGCAGUCAUUGGUGGUGACACAAUUAGAGGAUUUACCUCUGUUGAUCAGGCAUGGAUUACAUUAAUUGCUGAGAAGCUGGAUGCAACAUGUUCCAAGUUUGCAAGCACCCUUACAUCAGCAGUGCAAAAUAUUUGAACCUAAACAGCUGGAAAGGAUCACUUUUGACUAUAUGCGUGCUGACCAUACAAUGAGGAUGGUUUCCAGAGGAAAACUCACAACAACCCUCAACAAUAUCCUGUUUUUAAUAGCAUGUGAUAGGAAAAUGAGUUGGUGGAUUCAACACUCUUGGUAAUGGUGUAGUUACAUAUCGUGGUGCAAGCAGGAGUAGGGUUUGAAACUUCAUGCUUACCUUUUGAGAAAUGUCUCGAUUGGCAGAAGUGACAAAUGCAUGUGCUGAGAAGAUUAUUUGUGGAUGUUUUACCUUAAACUACUGUUAGAUGGUUUUUGGAUCUUAUGCUGAUUUUUGUUCUCUGAAGAACUCAGCGCCGAGAGAAGAAAAGCAAGAAAAAGGAGGCCACCAAAGCAUGACUAUAAUUUUUCUAUAUAUUGUCCAUCGUAUAGAGAAGAAAAGCAAGACAAAGGAGGCCACUGUUGCAUUACUCGUCUCCAAACCAAGGUUAAAGUUGGGUUUCUGUGAAUGUAACUUCAAAGGGGUGGUUCCUUAUCAUAAUGGUUACAGUUAUAAUCCUUCUCAUCAGCAAGCUUUCAGUUUGCCUGUGGGCAGGACCACACAUUUGAGGCUUUGGAGCUCCAAACCAUUGAUCUGAUGAGAUCCACUGUUGAUGGGGGAUGUGCCAAUAUUCUUUCAGAUUGUAUGAUUCAAUAUCCUCCAAAUAAACGGUUCAGGAGAAAAUUUUAGCAGUGAUCAAUUAAGGAAACAUGCAGCAGUAGGCCACAUUCAAUGUUACUUUUUGUGCUUAUUAUAGACAUGCUUAAUAGUGUUGUAUAAAUGUAACGCAUAUGUGCCAUUGCUGUUCAGACAAUCUUAUCAUGCACUUUUAGAGCA